UGACAGAAUUAUUAUAGAUUUAGCACGUGGGUUGGUGCUUCACCGAACAUCUGCGAAUGCAAAUUCCAGCAGCGUAGCGAGUUGUUCCACUCGAGUGAAGGGAAGAAACUCGUCUUCCAUUCACAUUUCAGUUUCUGCAACAAUAGUUUCUCGUUUCAACCGUCUUUGCAAUAAUGGCUGCAAUCUUAGCUCGGAAAUCACUUAGUGCUCUUCGAACCCGCCAAUUGGCUGUAAGUGGUCAAGGAUUGCACAAAUUCCAGAACCAUGAACUGCGAUUAAGUGCACAUUCCUACUCUACUAAAAAAGAGGAUGAAGAAAGGGAGCAACUUGCAAAGGAAAUUUCAAAGGAUUGGAGUUCUGUUUUUGAGCGUAGCAUCAACACACUUUUUCUCACUGAAAUGGUUCGAGGUUUAAUGCUGACACUUAAAUACUUCUUUGAAACUAAAGUUACAAUUAACUAUCCUUUUGAGAAAGGCCCUUUGAGCCCUCGUUUCCGUGGUGAACAUGCACUUCGACGAUAUCCAACAGGGGAGGAACGUUGUAUUGCUUGCAAACUUUGUGAAGCUAUAUGUCCUGCACAAGCAAUCACAAUUGAGGCCGAGGAGAGAGAAGAUGGCAGUCGCAGGACAACUCGGUAUGAUAUUGACAUGACCAAGUGCAUUUAUUGUGGAUUUUGUCAAGAGGCAUGCCCUGUAGAUGCCAUCGUUGAAGGGCCAAACUUUGAAUUUGCUACAGAGACUCAUGAGGAGCUUCUAUAUGACAAAGAGAAGCUGCUUGAAAAUGGAGACCGAUGGGAAACUGAAAUUGCAGAGAACCUGAGAUCUGAAAGCCUUUAUCGCUGAUAAUUUACUUAUGCUCCUUGGCCGUUGCCUGUUUUGGUCUCGUUGAGCAAGGAAGAAUAAAAUGAUCAGUAAAUGGUUUUAAAGAACCAUAUGGGUUUAUGGUUUGUUACAUCAGUUAUUUUUUGUUUUUUAAUUUUUUGCUUUAUUGAUAAGAAUACAACAGUGACGAUGUUUUUCCCUUGAAAUCUUGAACAAAUGUGAAGAUGGAGGUAGUGGUGGUGCAGUGCAGCUUACAGACUAAACGUGCCUGAUCGUCCCUUUACUUCAUUAAAGACAUCGAGGAUUCGAUGAUUACCGGCAUGUAUCCAUUCUUGUGUAGUACCAUUUUUUUUUGUGUUAAGAAGUUUUCAGACAAGUAUGCUCGGGGGCAGAUUAGUUCAUCCUAUUUUCAUACCUGUGAGAAGGUAAGGGAUUUUAUUUUAUUUUAUUUUUAAAAAAGUCGUGCGAGGAGAUUUGUAAACCCCUUGUAAUAUUACAAAAUUAAAGUCUCAAAAAAAGAAUGGUUAAUGGUGCAUUCUGCAAA